GAGGUAAACAAGGGGCGGCGGAGGAGACUGGCUAUCGCAUUCCGUAGGAGGAGUCCAACAGCUAAUUUUUACCUGCUGAGUCAGGUGAACUGGUCCAUGGGGGCGGGGACUAGCAUAUGAGAAAAGGGCAAGGACGGAGGAGGUAUUUGUUCGUUUUCAAGACUAAAUUCAGAGCCCUUCAUCUGCAGACCCAUUGGCGGACUGUCUCUGGGGCACUCUCUCGGCCUCGGGAAGAGAAAAGAACCGGGGCGACUUUUCAGCAGCAAAGGAAAGGCCCGUCUAGGCUUUCUCCCCUCCGUGUUUUCCCUAGCCCAAAUUGAUAGAGCCACAUGGCUUCCACGGUCUGGGGGAGUGCACCCUGGUGGGGCCCGCCGCCCCCAGCCCCAGCCCGGCCGCUCAUGGACAUCGACUUCUGCUCCGGAGCGCAGCUGCAGGAACUAACCCAGUUGAUCCAGGAGCUAGGUGUACAGGAGAGUUGGAGUGACGGGCCCAAGCCGGGACCAGACCUCCUCCGGGCCAAGGACUUUGUCUUCUCUUUGCUCGGUCUUGUUCACCGCAGAGACCCCCGCUUUCCUCCCCAGGCAGAGCUCUUGUUGCUUCGUGGCGGGAUUCGCGAGGGCUCCCUGGAUCUGGGGCCUGCACCCCUAGGUCCCUACGCCCGGGGACCUCACUACGACGCCGGCUUCACACUCCUGGUGCCGGUGUUUUCUCUAGACAGCACUGGGCAGGAGCUACAAAUGGACAGGGAAUCCUGUUACGCAUGGCUCUGUCUCCCAGAGCAGUUACGCGGAACCUCGGUCCGGGAGGCAUGGCAGGAUUGCCUAGGACCCCCAGUCCCAGGAGGACUUGAUUCGAUCCACAGAACCGAAAGUGAAGGAAGUCCCAAGGACUGGCAAAGCUCAGUGGACCAGCCGCAUGGUUACAUCAGUGAGCAUGAGCCGCAGGUGUCUUUGGAAAAACCACCUAGUAACAUUUCGGGGCCCGAGUCGCCUGGGCAAGACGUAACCGAUCUUGGCUUUCCCGCACCAUUGAAAAAACUGAAUGGUGACGUCACCAAAGCAGCCGACGUUAGCCCAGUCCCACAGCCGUCGGAGGCUUGGGAGACAUGGCCCACAUUGUGCCCCGCACAGGUGGCUGCGUGGUUCUUUGCUUCUUUGGCCGCGGUCGCUGAGUCUCUGUUCCCGGUCCCUGGUGCCCCGCGCUUGGUCCACGCAGCCCGCCACGAGGGGUUCACCACCGUCCUCCUGGCUACGCCGGGCCCCCCGCGCCACCUCCUGCUCUUCGACCUGAUCCCCGUGGUGUCCGUGACCGGCUGGCCCGAAGGGGCUCGGAGCCACUCGUGGGCCGGCCCGCUGGCUUCCGAGUCGUCCUUCUACCUGGUGCCCGGCAGCAGCACAGAGCGGCCGGGCGCUUCGGGCUGGCAGCUCUGCUUCGCCCGCCAGGAGCUGGCGCUCAAGGCGCGCAUACCCGCUCCGUUGCUGCAAGCGCACGGGGCGGCCCAGGCCCUGCUGCGCCCGCUGGUGGCCGGGACCCGGGCCGCGGCGCCCUACCUCCUGCGGACGUUGCUUUACUGGGCGUGCGAGCGGCUGCCGGCGCUCUAUCUGGCGCGGCCCGAGAAUGCGGGCGCCUGCUGCCUCGGGCUGCUGGAUGAGCUGGGCCGUGUGCUCGAGGCCAGGAUGCUGCCCCACUAUUUUCUGAGCGGCCGAAAGCUGCGUGCGGGGGACAGCGCCGCUGCGCUGCUCGGAGCGUUGGCCCGGCUCCGCGGGGACCCUACCGGGGCCCUGCGAGCAGCGGUGGAGGAGGCCAAGGCUGCGCGCAAGGGGGGCGGCUUAGCUGGCGUGGGAGGCGGGGCCCAUUAAAGACGCUGCUCCUA